AUGCCGCCAGCUUCAAAAUUCGAUCCAAAGGACAUGGAGUUCCGAAAACUGGGCUCCGGCCUCAAAGUGUCAGUCCUCUCAUUGGGAGGGUGGCUGACCUACGGCGGAACUCAAAAGGGCUCCAUUGUGAAAGAAUGUAUGCAGGCAGCUUGGGACCAUGGCAUCAAUUUCUUCGAUACAGCAGAGGCAUAUGCCGCUGGUGAUUGCGAAAUUGAGAUGGGUCAGGCACUCAAGGAGUUGGACUGGCCACGUGAUGAGUAUGUCUUGUCCACCAAGAUCUUCUUUGGUACCAAGAGAAAAGAGCCAAACACCAGGGGCUUGUCGAAGAAGCACAUCGUUGAAGGCUUGAAAAGCUCAUUGGCACGGUUGGGGACACCCUACGUGGAUAUCGUCUUCGCCCACCGCUAUGACCCAGAUGUUCCGAUGCUGGAGAUUGUAGAAGCCUUCACACAGACAAUUCACAUGAACCUCGCCUACUACUGGGGUACCUCGGAGUGGAGCGCGGCACAGAUUCAAGAAGCCACCGAGAUUGCCGAAAAGUACAAUCUAAUUGCUCCUGUCGCCGAACAGCCGCAGUACAACGCCUUCCAUCGUGAGCGAUUCGAAAAGGAAUACAAGCCUCUGUACGAGAAGCUCAACUACGGAACAACUAUAUGGUCGCCAUUGGCCUCAGGCCUGCUCACAGGAAAGUACAAUGAUGGUAUUCCUGAAGACAGUCGUUUCGCCAAGAAUCCAGACAUGAUGAAGAACAACAUCGAUAGUCUGAAGACAGAGGAGGGACAAAGCAAGAUCAAGAAGGUCAAAGAAUUGACCAAGAUCGCCGAAAAGCUGGGAGGGACUACCACUCAGCUUGCCCUGGCAUGGUGCGCAAAGAAUCCGAAUGUCAGCACGGUUAUUCUGGGCGCUACAAAGCCACAGCAGGUUGUGGACAAUUGCGGCGCGAUGAAGCUGCUCUCGAAGCUGACUCCAGAGAUAAUGAACGAGAUCGAGGGUAUUCUUGGAAACAAGCCGUGA